UGAUUUCAGUAAUUUUUCACUUCCUUCACUUUAAUAUCUUUCUUUGUUCGUUAAAGGGUUGUGGAGGUUUCAGGCGGAGAGAUUUCUUCUUCCGGCGACGUCGUUUAGGUGUUGUUGUGUGGUUGGAUUAUCGAGGAUUUAGGGUUAGGGUUUGUGGAUUUGGGAGUUGUUGAGUGAAACCCUAGAUGUUAUGAAGCAUCGAGUAGCCGUAUCGUUGGGGUUGAGUUGAUCGACGGUCGAGAUCUCGUCACCGGAUGGAGGGAGGUAGCGUCUCUACACUUACUUAUUCUGGGAUAUACAGAUGGAUUACAAUGACAAUGAUUAUCAAAGUCAUUUAGCUGGUGAAGAUAGCUCCAAAGUUUCCUCUGUUUUGCAUCCCUAUGCUCUUCCCAAGUUCGAUUUUGACGAUAGUCUUCAGGGGCAUUUAAGAUUUGACAGCUUAGUUGAAAACGAGGUUUUCCUUGGUAUCCCCACUCAGGAAGACAAUCAUUGGAUUGAGGAUUUUUCUCGGGGAAGUAGUGGAAUAGAGUUCAGUUCAAGUGCUACCGAUUCUUGCUCCAUACCAAGACGUAAUAAUGUCUGGUCUGAGGCAACAUCAACAGAAUCUGUUGAAAUGUUAUUGAAAUCGGUUGGUCAGGAAGAAAUGGUUCCAGGGGACACUAUUAUUGAGGAGUCAGAUGCUGGAAAUGAAUUGGGUUGCUUAAUCCAGCCAGCAGAAUCUAGUUUGAAGUUGCAUGAUAAAAGAGAUGAUGUUAAAGACUCCAGCUCAGCAGCACCAGCGGAUGAGUCAGUUGAGUUUAGUGGUUCGUUUUCUAGGUGUGAGAGAACAAAGAUAGAAGGCAUUCAUAUUGUAUGUGCUCCAGAAAGGCAGGAGGUGGAACCUAUUGCUGAUGGAUGUUCUGACAUUGCUGGUGAGAGAUAUUCUGGUUUUAAUACUGAGGAAAAGUUACAGACUGAAAUAAAAAGCAUUGAUGAAAAUUUAGGGGAAGUUAAGACAUCACUAAGUGAAUCUCUACCCGAUAAUUCUAAUAGGCAACCAUCCAUUCCUGUAACUGAAAGUGCAAUUAAGGAGUGCCUUACAGAUUCUCUUUCUGCGAGUAUCGAGAUUUUGGCUAGUCAGCAUAAUUCAACCGACUGUGAUAGUGGGAAUACAAGUGGUCUACCAAGUGAACAUCACAAACCAGUAGAGAAACACAUAUCUGUCAGCAAAGAGUUGAGUUUGGGUGAUGGAAAGAUGCGUGGAUGUGCAACCAGAAUGAUUAAAUCAGAGGAACCUCAUGUGCAGAGGAACGAAUGCAGUCUUACUACUGAGGGAUGCAACGAAGAUGCUUCUUAUGUUGAACAUGCUGAAGCGGUUUUCUCAAAAGGCUUGAAAGAUAAACUACUGGCUGAAGGUAAUAACAUACCAUGUGAGAAUGAGGAGGCGUCUGUAAGUCAGAAUUGCUUAGAUACAAGAGACACUAAGGAUCAAGAAGGCAGCUCCAAGGGUCAGACAGAGAAGGUCUCUGCAAUGCAGAUGUCAGAUGGACUGACUACUUCUACUGAGAAAGAGGAGAAUAAUCUGGACGGUCAUUCCCCACUUAAUCUUGGCACUUCAGAGGCAUGUACAGUAUCAGAGAUCUCCGAGCCGUCAAAACAGAAUAAUGGUAAUGGUAUCUAUGCUCUAGAAGGUCCGAAUAAUAUACAAGAGACAUCUGUUUCUGCUGAACUCGUGGAGAGGCCAGUAUCUGAGAAUUUAGAAACUGGAAAUGAUGCUGAUAGGGUCUCCGAAGGAUAUGCAUGUGCUGGAGACCACAUCUCCUUGUCUGUGCCUACUGGAUCCAUGGACAUAUGUAGGGAAACCUUCUCCCAUGUGGUUGAUGUUGAUACUACUAAUGUGGAUGUCUCUGGUGGUAAGGAUAAGGAGGAAGUGCUGCCUGUAGAAACUGAGAUGGUGAGAUCUUGUGUGCGUGACCAUGAGGUUAGAUCCUCUGUGGCAGGAGAAUCUGAACAAAUCUCUGACCAAGGUCAUGGAUCGCAAUUUGAAUCUUCCACAUUGAAUAAUCAAGCAUCAGAUGUUGGUUUUGACGGUAGGAACUUAAUCUUAGGUGGUGACCCAGUGAGUGGUCCGCCGCUUUCUGGUAGUGGUGCGAUUGCAACUGAAAUAGUUGAUCAUGAUGAAAAGCUGAAGCCAGUGUCAGUAAUGGGAGGGUCAGGUCAUUUUGCAGGAAAGAAAGAAAUGGAAGCUGUUCUCAGCGGGGAAGCAGAAGUGUCAACACUGAAGGAGUCUUCUGAGGGGGCAGGCCAGCUAGGUCCCCUUUCCAACGAUGGAAAAGAUGCAUCUGGUGACUGCCAUAUGGAAAUAAAACCUAUGCUUGUUGAUCAGGAUGUUCUUAUUCAGGAUAAUUCCGAUUCAGCAAGCCACAUUGAGCAAGCAGCAAGUGCUGAAGCAAAUAUUGAGGGUCCUGGUGCUAGAGCUGAGGCAGCGCCUAUUGCAAAGAAUCAGGAGAUGAAAGUAGAAACAGUGAAGUUGGGAGAAGUUGGAGUUGAGGGUAGUUCAGAUGUUAUUGGUGGACUUAAACAUGAUUCCACUUCUGUCCUAAAGUAUACUGCACUUUCACCAAGUGAAAAGAAAACGACUCCGAGUAGAAGUAGAGCUGUAGUUGAGAAGGUUGCUCCCCUUGUCGAUACAACUGAAAUUGGUGGUAUAGCGCUGUCCACCUCCAUAAUUUCAGGAGAAAAAGCUUCCACUAAAACAGAUAGGAGCUUUACUUUUGAUGUAAGUCCAUUGGCUUCUGGUAGUGCCAAGGGAGAAGCUGACAAAUCAAUCACCAGUACUCAAGCCUGCCAACCAACUGAGUUGAAGGCUGGGGAUAGACUGCAUUUGACAUCUGGCAGCAAGCAAACUGAUACUAAGAUCAUGCAGAAAAUUUCUCAUGGUAGUCCCCUGGUACCUGAUAAAGGGACUCCGUCUGGGGGUGCUAAGGGUGAUCGUAAGGGAAGACGUGGCUCAGGGAAAUCAGGUAAAGAAAACCCUAGAAAGGGAAGCCAAUUGAAGGAGAUAAACUCAUCGAAGCAGUUGGAUAGAGGAGACAAUUCUUGUGGUCAGUUUAGUCCCUCUGUGGCUGUGCAAAAAAAUCAAUUUGAAACUGGAACUGGAACUGGAACUGGAACUGCUGAGCGCAAUAUUACAAAGUCCAGCGGGGUUGUUUCCUUUCCAACUUCAAGUUUACCUGAUUUAAACACUUCUUCUGCAUCCAUAUUGUUUCAUCAGCCUUUCACAGAUCUACAACAAGUGCAACUGCGAGCUCAAAUUUUUGUCUAUGGGUCUCUGAUACAAGGUACAGCACCGGAAGAAGCUUGUAUGGUUUCAGCUUUUGGGACAGCUGAUGGAUGCAGAAGUCUUUGGGACCCUGCAUGGCGUGCUUGUGUUGAAAGGAUUCAUGGACAGAGAUCUCGCUCUGGAAACAAUGAAACUCCAUCUCAUCCACGUUCAGGUCCCAGAACUCCAGAUCAAGCAAACAAACAGGCCGUGCAUCAAAAUAAGGUUACUACUUCGGCAGCCGGGCGAGCAGGCGGCAAGGCUUCCAAUUCACCUGCUGUUAGUCCUAUGAUACCACUUUCGUCCCCUCUUUGGAAUAUGGCUACCCCAUCCCGUGAUGGGCUAUCGUCCGCUAGAGGAGCCCAGAUUGAUUAUAAGGCACUUCCUUCUAUGCAUCCCUAUCAGACUCCCCCAGCACGAAAUUUUGUGGGGCACACUGCCUCUUGGCUACCACAUGCCCCUUUUCCUGGUCCCUGGGUUGCUUCUCCACAAAAUUCUCCAUUUGAUAUUAGUGCACGGCCUCCUGCAUUGCCUGUUACAGAGUCUGUGAAAUUAACCCCGGUAAAGGAGUCAUCCUUAUCCAUUUCUGCUGGUGCAAAGCAUGCACCACCUGGUUCGGUGGCUCAUGCUGGGGAUAGUGGUAUCCAGUCUGGAGCUUCUCCGCAUGACAACAAGAAGGCCCCAGUGUUGCCUGCUCAGUGUUCAGCUGAUCAGAAAUCCAGAAAGAGAAAAAAGGCAUCUGGUACUGAGGAUCGUACCCAAAAAUCUAAGCUUGGCACCUCUUUUGAAUCAGUUACUGCCCCUGUCAUUUGUACUCAGUUAUCAAAUAAGGCUCCUGCAUCUGAUGACUUUGGCCAGUUAUCAUCAGUUGCUGUUGCACCAUUGGUUGCUCAUAGCCAGACAGGACCUACAUCUGUUCCCAUAAUUGGGGGCCAUUUUUCUACAUCAGUUGUCAUCGAACCACCUUCUAGCUCUGCACCUAAAAACAAUUCUGAUAUACCAAUCACCUCCGCCCCAUCUUCCACUGAGCUCUCUAAGAGAGAGCUUGAUUUAGGAAAAAAGACUCCAACUUUGGAAUACUUGAGCAAAGUUGAGGAGGCUAAGCUGCAGGCAGAGGAGGCUGCUGCAAAUGCUACUGCUGCAGUCAGUCACUGCCAAGAUGUGUGGAGCCAGUUAGACAAGCACAAACACUCUGACUUGACAUCAGCUGUUGAGGUUAAGCUGACAUCUGCUGCCAUUGCUGUAGCAGCUGCUACUUCUGUUGCAAAGGCCGCAGCUGCGGCUGCUAAGCUUGCAUUAAAUGCUGCAUUGCAAGCUAAACUGAUGGCGGAUGAGGCAAUGAAAUCAUUUGGUGCGAGUAAUCCUUCUCAAACCCAUUCCGCCUCCUUCCCUAAUAUUGUGAACAACUUGGGGAGUGCCACCCCUUCUUCUGUACUGAAAAGUCAGGAUGUUGACAAUGGUUCUAGUUCAAUUAUAUAUGCGGCUAGGGAGGCAUCGAGGAGAAGGAUCGAAGCAGCUUCAGCUGCAUCAAGACAUGCUGAGAAUUUGGAUGCUAUAGUCAAGGCUGCGGAACUGGCAGCUGAAGCUGUGUCACAUGCUGGGAAAGUUGUUGCGUUAGUUGAUCCUUUGCCUCUGACUCAAUUAGUGGAAGGUGGUCCAGAUAGCUACUGGAAAGUUUCCCAAACACUCUCUGGGCAGGGUGUCAAGCCUAACAAGGUAAAUGGGGAUGAAUCAGGUAUUCCCAAUGACGAAAAGACUCCUGGCAUCUUUUCCAAGCAAUCUGAGGGUCCAUCUGUUGAAGAGAUGCAUCACAUGGUUCCUGCUUGCCAGACUACUAGUGUAUCUGGUAAUAUCAUAGAGGACAACAUGAGGAAUGAUGAAGUUAUUCAAACUCCCGUUACAGGUGUUGAAAAAGAUGUAAGAAGAGCAAAGGGUCAUAGUAUGCCAGAGGUGAGUAAGACUGUCGGCGUAGCUGCUGAGUCAUCCCAUGAUCUGGUUGAAGCAUGUGGAGAUGUGGCAAGCUCCAGGAUGCAAGAGGGUUCCCUCGUGGAGGUUUUUAAAGAUAGUGAUGAUGGUAAAAGAGCCUGGUACUCAGCCAAAGUGUUGACUUUAAAGAACGGAAAAGCUCUUGUUUGUUUCACCGACCACCAGUCUGAUGAAGGGCUUGAACAGUUUAAGGACUGGGUACCUCUAGAUGCUGGAAGUGAUGAACCACCAAGAAUACGUCCUGCGCAUCCGGUGACUGCUCUGCAAGGAGGAAAAAAGAGACGAAGAGCAGUUGUUAAGGAGCAUACAUGGUAUGUUGGAGAUAGAGUUGAUGCAUGGAUCGACUACCGCUGGCGAGAGGGUGUCAUUGCUGAGAAGAACAAAAGGGACGAGACUACAUUUAGUGUCAACUUUCCAGCUUAUGGAGAUACUGCAGUUGUCAGAGCAUGGCAUCUCCGACCAAGCCUUGUAUGGAAAGAUGGAGAGUGGGUUGAAUGGUCCAGGUCAAGACAUGACUUCUUGUCCCAGGGUGAUACACCUAAGGAGAAGCGAGUGAAGCUGGGCAAUCCGGCUAGUGAGGAUACUGGAAAUGAUGAUCUGUCAAAAAAAAUGGAACCACUGGUGCCAGUGGCAAACGAAUCAGCAACAUUGCCUCCUUUGUCUGUCACUGAAAAAACAUUUAAUAUUGGUAGUAACAAAGAUGACAGUAAGCCCAGUACACUUCGAACAAUGAGGUCUGGUUUGCACAAAGAGGGAUCAAAAGUCUUUGGUGUUCCUAAGCCAGGAAAGAAAAGGAAGUUUAUGGAAGUAAGCAAGCAUUAUGUUUCAGACAGAGCAACUAAGAGUAAUGCGGCACCGACACAUGGUUCAGCCAAGUUCACAAAAUAUUUGAUGCCUCAAGCAACGGGCACUGGUGGAUGGAAGACCAAUUCUAGAACUGAUCUGAAGGAGAAACAACAAAUGAUUGAAGCUCGACGGAAACUUCCUAAACCAAGUAAGCCUCCUAGUUCAGCUAGAACUUUGAAGGAUAAUAGUAUUACAUCCACUGGAGAUGCUAGUGGAGCUGACCACACGGUAGGUGAUGCAAUUGAGGAUGCGAAGCAUGAAGCACAACAGCCUGAUGUGGGCAAUUUGGUGUCAAAUGCGGAAGAAGGGGCUGAAGGUCCUUUGAAAUUUCGUUCAGAGGCUCUUCCCACCAACAUCCCAAAGAAAGCUUCCACAUCAUCUAACAGAGGGGAAGGCAUGAAGAAGAGAAUCCCCAUAUCCAAUUUGAAGUCGAGCAAAAUUGAAGUAAAGGACAAAAUGAUGCCUGAAGUCAAUGAACCCCGCAGAUCAAACCGAAAGAUUCAACCAACAUCAAGGUUAUUGGAGGGUCUACAAAGCUCGUUGAUUAUCUCUAAGCUUCCAUCUGUUUCACAUGAUAAAAGUAGCAGAAGUCAGAGCAGGGGUGCAUCAAGGUAAGUUUUGAAAUAUCUCCCAUUUUUUAGGUCCCCCCGCUUCCCAGUUAUCCGGUCAAAGACAUUCACAUCCGAGUUCUUUCACCAAUUGUUUGCCUCUUCAGUAUGUUAGCUAGACCAUUGGAAAGCAGGGUUAGGCUUUUGUAAAAUUGCUAUUUUUUCCUGCAGGUAAUAAGUAAAGGGGGAGAGUGCUUUCAAAUGUUUCUGCUCAGCCCGGGUUAUCAUCAAGAUGAUCAGGAUGCCUAGUGUUUGAUGUUUUCCUGUACAUUUAAUUAUAGAGUUGAAAAUUGGGAAAGGGAAGUUCUCACUUCCUGGCUGUAAAAUUUAGGCAUUAGAUGUUCAUAAUGAUUUAGUCCUUUACAGAAUUUGUGAAGGACUGUUCUAGCCGGAGUAGGUUGUAAAUGGGAUUGUCGAUGUCAGCUUUUAAAAAUUGCUAGAGUUAUUCUGAAACAAUCUUAAUCUUCGAA